CGUGUUUCUGUGGGGUGUUCCCUCUCUGAUGACCCAACUAUGCCCAAACACACUGUUUGUUACGUAUUUGGAGCAAUAUUUAAACCAAGCAAAAAACCUCCUGUGUUCCUCUGCUCUCUUUGUUCCUUUUGCAAAGAGGUGGCGAAGCUUCUAAAGGAAUUUUUUAGCUCCGGGGAGUUGGGUGGCAGUUGCAGGGAUAUUUAUUAACUUUACAACCCAGUGGUGUGUUGAAAGGGUUAUUUCACAAAUUCUGGACUCCUGUAGAUUGUAUUCAGCAGGAUGGUUCACUUGAGGUUGUUACAGUUUCAGCAGGUUUUUUUGGGGGAUGUGAAAAUGGAUUGGAUUUAACCCCUAAAUUCUCUGCUCGGGUCGGAUUUAACACCCAAAUAACCUGAAGCUGAGUUGCAGAAUCAGCUCUGGUGUAAAAUCAGGGGUGGAAAUUCUCAUUUCCUUAUAUCCUAGAGGUUUGUGUUCAUGGAAAUUCCUUUGGAGCAAGUCAGAAACUUCCCCAGAACGUUUGCUGUGUUGGGGGGGGGCAGCAAUACCAAAGUGUACAAGUGUAAAAGUACAAAUCUGAGCCAUUUUUAUCAUCAAGGAGCUGCUUUAAUCACCAUUUGAUGCAAGUGAAUAAUUUCCCAGACUGUACAUCACCCCAGCCCCAUGCUAAGAGUUUCUUUUUAAACACAUUUCUUUUACAAGCCUCUGCAUAAAUCCAAAAUUUGUGCUCUGCAUAAAUCCAAAAGCACUUUGCUAAAGGUAAAAACUGCUGCUGUUUCAUCCUGUGUGUUGAAUGUGGGGAGAGGGGACAGAGGUGACAAAGUGCUCAGUGUCAGCCCAAAGAUGUCAUUUUAUUCCGGAAAAACAACAUGGAGCAUCUGCUUCUUAUUUUUUUUUUUUAAUAGUUUCUUUGGGUGCUGAAUGAAGAGAGGCUUCCAAGUGAUUAUUUUCCCUUAAGGGAAAAAAAAAUAAAUCCUAGGACAACUGGAGCCUUUGACUUGGGAGCUGUGCAGCUGUUGCAGAAAAUUGAGGUGGUUUAAAAAUUAUUAUUUUUUUUUUCUUCUCGUCCUGUCUAAUGGAAAGAGAUUUUUGUAGGGAAAGAAGAGCUCCCCUCAGUUUUGGGAUGUAACUUUUUGCAAAACUCAAGCUCCAUUUUGAGGUCUCCUGAGCUUGUUUUCAUGUCUGAAAUUCGUUGUGUGGCCAAGUUGGGAGUUUUGCACAGCAAAAAAAAAAACCUGCUUAAGAGCUACAGACAUGGUUUGUAUAAAUGUUGUGUUUGUUUUGGGAGUAUAUUCUUUUAUUUUCUGUUAUUUUUGUGUGUUCUCUCUUAUUUUCCUGAAUUUUCCUGCUGUGGUUGCUCAGAAGCACCAUUUUAACCCUUUCAUUUUCCCAGUAAGAAGAAGGGGAAUUUCUGCACCCACCAGAGAAGAACCAGGAUGGUCAGUGGAGCCCCAGGAACAGGAGAUCACAGGAGGAGCCCCUUUGUACCAAGAAGAUGCCACAUCCCCUGGCCUGCACAGAGAGGGUUCCUCAGCUUCACAAAGCCCAGCUUUCCCUCGUCCUCCAGCGCGGAGAAAACGCUACACCAUCACCCCGGGGCACUUGAGAUGGGACCACUUCAACCUGACCUACAAAAUCCUGUCCUUCCCGAGGAACCUGCUGAGCGCCAGGGACACGCGCCGGGGGCUGGCGGCCGCGUUCCGCAUGUGGAGCGAGGUGUCCCCGUUCAGCUUCAGGGAGGUCCCCCGGCACCUCCCCAGCGACCUCAAAAUCGGCUUCUACUCCAUCAACCACACGGACUGUCUGGAGUCCCUCACCCACCACUGCUUCGAUGGCACCACGGGGGAACUGGCCCACGCCUUCUUCCCACCCCACGGAGAAAUCCACUUCGAUGACCACGAGUACUGGAUCCUGGGGAACACCAGGUUCAGCUGGAAGAAAGGUGUUUGGCUGACAGACCUGGUCCAUGUAGCAGCUCAUGAAAUAGGCCACGCCUUGGGCCUGAUGCACUCCCUGAACCCCAACGCCCUCAUGCACAUCAACGCCACCCUGACUGGGAAAAAGACCAUCUCCCAGGAUGAGGUGUGGGGAAUCCACAGGCUUUAUGGCUGUAAAGACAGAUUAUUUAUGUGCCCAGCAUGGGCAAAAAAAGGCUUCUGUGAGAAGCGCAGGAAGCUGAUGAAGAAGCACUGCCCAUCCACCUGUGACUUCUGCUAUGAAUUCCCAUUUCCAACGGUGCCCCCGACUCUGCCCCCGCCGAGGACCAAGACCAAGACGGUUUCCGAGGGCAGGAACGUCACCUUCCGCUGCGGGCAGAAGAUCAUCCACAAAAAAGGCAAAGUCUACUGGUAUAAAGAUAAGGAGCUUCUGGAAUACUCAUAUCCAGGUUAUUUAUCCUUAAAUGAAGACCACAUGAGCAUCAUUGCAAAUGCAAUUAAUGAAGGAACUUACACUUGUAUAGUGAAGAAAAAAGAAAGGAUCCUGACUACUUAUUCCUGGAGAAUCAGACUGAAGCACUGACAAGGCCCUGGAAUGAGCUCCUUCAGUUCCUGCUAGUUCUGUUUCAAAUUGUUUCUUUGGCAUUUUUUAUAUUUAAUUUCCAGUAGUGCAACUGAACUUCUCCAUCAGCUGCUUCCUCACCCUGGGCAAAAGAGACUCUUGAGACUGGUUACUGGAAUGUAAAACUCUCCCAAAUUAGUUUUAAUGACAAAGAAUUUAUCAACUAGGUGCUGUACAGAGAAUUAAAAAAAAAACCAACUUUUUUUUUUUUAAAGAAAAGCAUCAGGUGGUGCAGUUGAACUGUGUGGAUCCCUGGGAACUGCUGGAAAACAGGAGCAGAACUGCAUCAGCCACCAGGAUGGCUCAGCUGGGCUGCACUGGAGGCAGACUGGGGAAGGGAAAAGGAGCAGUUUAAUACUCUGCAAGUGUUUCUGCCCUUGUUUUAGAUCCUGGUGCUCUGCAACACAAGAAGUUCUACAAAAGUCGAAGCCCCAGGACCACUUUUUCUCCUCCUGCUCAGGAGGAGGGUGUGGGGCACAGCAGCCCUGUCUCACUCAACUCCACAGUCCACGUGGGCAGGUCAAGUAUCCCCAGAACAUCUUUUCCCCCCAGCUCCCCUUCCCAGGGUUUGUAUUUAUUCCUUUGAUCCCAACAGGCCCUGAGUGCUCAGAGCUUGGCCCUCAGGUGUCCGAGCCAGGAGCAGACAAGGUGAUUUCCAUCGCUGUCCUCCCCCAGGCUGAGGGGAAUGUGCCACAGCCAGCUGGAAGAGAGCACAAGGAGGGGUUGGCCAAGCUGGGAAGGGAAUAAUUCCAUGUCAGAUACAAACUGUGCAGUCAGUCAUGGUUUAAUCCUUGAGUUCACACAGGCUCUGCUUCCGUGGACUCCUGCUUUUCAGUGGGUUACUGAGCUCCCUCUCCGAGGAAUCUUCUGGAAUCGGGAAUGUUUCAGUGACAGACCAGUGACAGAGCUGUUUCUCCUUCAGAAACAGAAACAUUCCUGCACAGGGAAAACAACCCAGCUGCUUCCAAACCUCACCCCAACUUCAGCACCUCCCCUUCCAGCUUCAAGGCCUUUACCCUCAGAACUCUUCAAAAUGUACUGAGAGGGAUAGAAUGUUUAUGAUUUCUGUUAAUCCUGUUCCUGGCCUGGUGCCCAGUUCUGAUUGCUUGAAAAUUUGGUGUUUUCCAAACCUCCCUUGUUCCCAGAACAGAGUGAGCCCAUUAUAAAUCAGGAACUGCAAGGGAUGUGAUAUUCCAACACAGUUCCUCCUCUGGUCGCUCCUGAGAUGUGGCAUUACACAAUCACUACACAAGCUCUUCUUUUGAUGGAAAAAGGGCAUAUUAAAAGAAAUUCCGCAGAAAAUAAAGUUUCAAGUCUCCA